UUUGACUACUACACCUGUGCUGGUCCUGCUGGAGUGAAGGAGGCUCCUAGAACUUCGGUCGUAAUGCGACGUAGCCGAGCGCGAAACUGCUAUAAAACCAUGUCCUCCAGCUGAUAACUUCAUCAGUGUAUGCUCUAAACACAAGUUCUCUUCGAAUCCAAGAUGGAUAAGACGAUCAUGGGUAGUGCGAAACCUGAUGGAUCGGUAGUUGGUGCAGCGAGUGAUGGUUCUGCAGAUUUCGCAGCGGGGACUCUAGAACGGCGAGGCAAGAAGUGGAUUAUGCAGACGGGAGUUGCUAGCGAUCUCAUCAUACAACUGGGAAAUCACAGCUUUCGCUUGCACAAGCUUCCCAUGGUCUCAAGAAGUGGCUACAUAAACCGAUUGGUAUUUGAAAGGAAAGGAAAAGCAGACAGCGAGAAGUCCACGCCUAUAAACUUAGACAACGUUCCUGGCGGAGUGAAAACUUUUGAGUUGGUAGUGAGAUUCUGUUACGGUCUGAAGCUUGAUCUAACGGCAUCGAAUAUUGCCCUCUGUACUGUGCUUAAAAGUUGCGAGGCCAUAUCUCCUUGGGCCAAGCAGUUGAAAAUUUUGAACCGGUGCUCAGAGGCCAUAGCAUGGAAAGCCUGCACCGAUCAUAAUGCAUUCAGCUUCAGUACCUGCGACGCAGCCCUCUUUGGUAUUCAAGGAAUAGGUCGACAUACUCAGAAGUCGAAGUUUCUCUUGAUCAAUGGUGGUUUGAGGAGGUCUCGCUGCUGCGGAUAG